ACAGAAACCUGUCGCUGUCAUAAGCGUCUCACAACAAGUUGGCACGAAUUUCAACCAUAUGUCCGAUUGUCCGAAAACGGCCUCCCAGACGGACUUAUUCCACCUAUCCUUAGCGAUCUAGCAGUCACGUGCUGCGAAACCUGUCAAUCACAUGGUAAAUCUUACGUGGACAUGAAUUUAAAUGGGUUCAAUGUGUCAGCAAUGUUCCCGAGUCUACGUGCACUACGGAGCGGUAUAGAAAAUCCCACAGACUUUUUCUUUCCGGUGUACGGCUUUAAAGACCAGACACAUUUUGCCAAACAGUUUGGUUACCAAGGAAUAGUUGAAUCACCUGGAAUGGCGUUCAUAGUUAACACAAACUCCCAGGAUAAUAUGCCCAAUGCUGUCCUGGUAAACAUAGCGUCCUGUUGGCCAGCGGUGAUGUUAGCUUUGGUUAUCACGUACUUGGCAGGGCUGGUCGUAUGGUUUGUGGAGUCGGAGACCAAUCCCCAAGACUUUCCACCAUCGUUUAUAGAGGGAGCGUAUGAGUCGUUUUACUGGUCAUUUGUAUCCAUGACAACUGUUGGAUACGGCGAUCGAGCACCAAUAACCAUCAUAGGAAGAAUCCUGGCUAUAGUUGUCAUUUUGUCCGGUUUAAUAAUCUUUGGAAUUGUGAAUGGCGCCAUGGCAACAGCCAUUACAAGUGUUACAAUGGAAACAGAUUACAAAAUCUACGGAACUAAGGUAGCAGCAAUUGAGGGUUCUCCUGAAUAUCGAAUGGGAGUAAGGAAAAAUGCUAACAUGGACAAAGAACGCGAAUACCACACGUUCGACGAUAUCUACGAAGCCCUACAUGAACGACACGUUAUUGGGGCCUUAAUAGAUACAUACAGUGCUGGAAACAACAAGGAUUUGUUUGAACAGGAACAUCUACGAGUGAAUAAGAUCCUGGAUUACUCGGCUACCUAUGGGGUUGUAAUGGGAGUGGAAGCCCGAAAACUCAGACGCUGUUUCAAACGGUACACUGAAAGGAUAUUCGCUAGUAAGAUUUCACAUCAUAUUCAAAAGAAUACAGAACAGCUCAAGGAGCCCGCUGAACCGCUCUCCAUGGAAAGAUCAACCGGGAUAUUUGACAGUCACAGCACGGUGUUUCAAAAGACUAUGUACAUAACUAUCAUAUGGUUAACAUCGUUCCUGUUUUGUGGCAUUAUCUGGGAAAUUAUUCAACGCUGCAGAACAAGAGCAAAAGUUACAUCACAUGAUUCACGACAAGAGCUAAGGACCGAGUUGAAAGGAAUGGUCGAAAGUUUUAAUGAAAACAUUCGAACAAUUAAAAAAGAACUGGCAUCACGACAUACAAGAGAAAGAAAAGAACUCCUGACAAGUAUAGAGAAGCAGCGAGGCAGGAAAUAUCUUUCGUCAGUUGAACUUUCAGAGCUGGACAACCCUUACUUUGAACCAGAACCUGACGAACAGGUAUCACCCAAGGAUAAACUUGAUGAGUUGGUGUUUUCCAACGAUACACCAGACAAAGCGGAACUUUGCUGCGAUGAACGUAACGAGGAGCAUUUGCCAAGCAAUAAAUAUCAAACCAAUUGCUGAUUUACUCAACUCUUUGACUCCCAGAGUGGAGUAAUCUUGCGAAACAAGUUUUAUUUUUCUGGACAAGCCGGUUUUUUAAUGCUUUAUCUUGAGUGAUACACGCGAGACUUGGCCAUCAAACUAAAAAAAUAACUUUGGGGGUUUAAGGUUGGAGAAAUAAAUUUAGAAUCAAGCUCAGGAUGCUUGCCCAUUUCAGUGACGACUCCCGAGCCUUUCUUUUAAGAGCUGUAUCAUAUUGCUAUCCUUUAAAGCAGAUCUUUAAUUGGCCAGCAAGGAAGCUGGCAAAUAGAGCAAGUAUGCAUUCUCGUCUUUGCACCUUCGGCAAAACAACCCUUACAAAUAAAAUGCUCGGGUUUGAACUGCAUAAAUUAAAAAUAAUUAAUUCAUUUGCCUCGGAAAUGGAAGUGACUUGCAGGUAUUUUACUCGUAAUUUUAUAUUUAUUUAUGAGCCCUCAGUUGAUACAGGAUGGAAAUAAUUUUCUUCUUCGCUGUCACUCAACCUCGCUAACAUAACAUCAAUACUACUGAGAAUGCUCUGUUUACCUCUAAAUUCUCAUUGAACUGACUUAGAU